AUGGCACAGAUCAGAGGCACAGCCGGCUACCAGCUUAACAGCCAGAACCCAUUCGGCGGUUCCAAGGCCGAGGGCGGCGACCCAAGUCCCCUCGAUGCCAUAAGGGAGCAGACCAGCAAGAUCGAGGAUAUCCUGGACUCCGUCAGCGAGCCGAUCAAGCCGUAUCUUCCCGCGAUUGGCCGCUUUCUGAUCGUCGUCACAUUCCUCGAGGACGCCCUCAGAAUCAUAACACAAUGGAGCGACCAGUUAGUCUACUUGAAUUCGUACAGGCACAUUCCUACUGGCCUUACGCAUCUUUUCCUCAUCGUCAACGUCGUCGCUAUGGUCUCCUGCUCAACUCUCGUCAUCAUCCGAAAGUACUCUGACUAUGCCGUCGCCGGUCUCAUGGGUGUUGUCGUCACCCAGGCGCUUGGAUACGGCCUGAUCUUCGACCUCAACUUCUUCCUACGAAACCUCUCCGUCAUCGGUGGCCUCAUCAUGGUUCUGUCCGACUCGUGGGUGAGGAAGACCAAGGCAUUUGCUGGGCUGCCCCAGCUUGACGAGAAGGACCGAAAGAUGUACUUCCAACUGGCUGGCCGUGUGCUCCUGAUCUUCCUGUUCAUCGGCUUUGUCUUCAGCGGCGAGUGGACUAUCUGGCGAAUCAUCGUCUCUGCCAUUGGUCUGCUGGCUUGCGUCAUGGUUGUUGUCGGGUUCAAGGCCAAGUUCAGCGCCACUCUUUUGGUUGUCAUAUUGAGCGUCUUCAACCUGCUAGUAAACAACUUCUGGACUCUCCACGAGCACCACCCACACAAGGACUUCGCCAAGUACGACUUCUUCCAAAUCUUGUCGAUUGUUGGCGGUCUUCUCUUGCUCGUUAACAGCGGACCCGGGCAAUUCAGCAUCGACGAGAAGAAGAAGGUAUACUAG